GAUUUUCGUUAUUAGUAAAGGGGACGUUAUUACCUUAAUCAUCGAUCGAGUAAAUUAAGAAGAAAAGAAACUGAAAAAAAGAAAAAAAAAAAACUAAAGCAACAAAAUGUGGAGAAUUGCUAAUAAAGCCGUUGUGUUGGCGAAAACGGGAGCUGGUAAAGGAAAAUCUCCGGGAGGAGAAGGAGCCGGUGAUGCUGAUGACCUUGAUGCUUGGAUUAAGUCGCGUCAACUACUUAAACCGGACGAUCAACUAGAGCUGACAGAGGCUGAACUUGGCGAAGAAAUAACCAAAGUUCUAACGCCCACCAAUACUAAUGUGGUUCUCAAUUUAGUAGUGUACAGUUUCAAGGAGGGCACUUUUGUUAAGAUUCCACCCGCUGGUAAUACGGUCACAAUAUUUCAAUAUGCUGGCAACUCGAUACAUGUUGAUUCGGACGAAGCGAAAGCUCAGAUGGAAGAAACUGGGGAGAUAGGGUACCCUUUGCCUACAAGCGCGCCAAGACCAUCCGAGAUAGAUAUUCUUCGGGCGCAAAAAGCUGCUGCUUUGGAUGGCGAAGAAGCCGAAGAGGCUGAAGGAGAGGAAGGCGAGCCAGGCCAAAAAGAUGAAAGAGGCCCUGAAGAGGCUGAAGAAGAGGGUGAAGAAGAAGAAGUCAUGGACGAAGGUGAAGGCGAACGAACCGGGGAAGGUGAAGAAGUAACAGAUACCCCGGCUGCAAUGCCUGUCGCCUCUAGGAAACGAAAAUUAAUCAAUCAAUUUAAUUUCUGUGAACGUGCUGCACUAACGUAUACAAAUCCGAAAAGAAACGUUGAAACUCAAACGAUACCACCCCCCCGUUGCCAAUACGGUGGUAACAUAUUACAAUGGAUUAUUUACGAUAGCUACGCUGAAGAUUUUCAAAAGCAAAAAGAAAAAGAAAAGAAAGAAGACAAAAAGGUUCAUCGCAAGGAUGAGGUUAAGCAAAGCAAGAUGGAUCAAAAGACUAUAAUGGCAAAAAUUUUAAACGAUAAAUAUUUGAAAUGCUGGCAAAUACUAGAACGCAUGAUAAAUCAGAAUAUUUACAAGGAUAUUGCGAACGAUUAUCGUUAUUGGGAAGAUCCGGCCGAUGAAUAUCGCGAAGCUGAGGGCACGUUGUUGCCACUGUGGAAAUUUCAAUAUGAUCGCACUAAAAAGUUAAGCGUCACUGAUCUAAUGUUCAAUCCUAAUUAUUACGACUUAUUUGCCGUUUGCUUUGGUUCACAUGAUUUUUUGAAACAACCCAACGAGGGAUCCUUGUGCUUGUUUACUAUUAAAAAUCCUUCAUAUCCCGAUUAUAUUAUUAUGACACCGUGUGGAGUUAUGUCGUGUGACAUACAUCCAAAGUAUCCCUACUUAGUGGCCGUAGGCUUAUAUGAUGGUAAUGUAGCCGUUUAUAGUUUAAAAGAUAAUAUCACAAACCCUUUGUACAUGUCAAUGGGUAUUACACAAAAACAUGCCGAACUAGUAUGGCAGGUAAAAUGGGGUCCUGACAUGACCGAUGGAGAAAUUAACUUCUAUUCAGUUUCAAGCGGUGGACGCGUCUUUCACUGGGUUCUAAUGCCAAAUAAACUAAUGGUAACGACAAUUAUUACAAUGUAUUUGGAAAAUGCUCAUAUUGAAGGACCCGAUGGUACUGAAUUGCAUUUAAUGAGCUGCGGUUCCUGUAUGAGAUUUCAUCCCACUGAUCCUGAGGUAUUCCUCUUGGGCACAGAGGAAGGCUGCAUAUAUAAAUGCAGUAUAGCUUACAGUUCGAAAUAUUUAAUGACUUAUAGAGCACACAACUUAACUGUAUAUCGGAUCGAUUAUAAUCGCUUCAAUUCGAAUAUCUUCAUAUCGUGCAGUGGCGAUUGGCGCGUCAAAGUCUGGGAAGAUAUGAGACCAGAACCUUUAUUCAUAUUUGAUUUAGGCUCGGCAGUCGGCGACGUCAAAUGGGCGCCAUAUUCAAGUACUGUAUUUGCAGCAGUUACCAACGAAGGCAAAGUAUAUGUUUUUGACUUGAAUGUUAAUAAAUAUCGUGCCAUCUGCGUUCAGGCCGUAGUCCCGAAACGUAAAAACAAAUUGACCCGCUUAUCUUUUAAUGAGAAAUUACCGUUCAUCGUAGUGGGCGACGAUAAGGGCACUAUAACAUCUUUGAAGCUAUCACCGAAUUUGAGAUUGAUGGUGAAGCCACCAAAGAAACAAUUAUAUCUGGAUCAACACACCUUGCAAGUACAAAAGCUGGAAAGACUCUUAUCGCUCGUCCGAGAAUUACCGGAGGGGGCCGUGGUAUCAGAUCAGCCCGCCACAGUUAAGAGCUGA